ACACGUAACAGCAAAUAGAACAAAGUGCUUUAGCGUUACCCGUAGCUUAGCAAUACGAGAAUACAAAAGUUAUAUUUACAUUAUAACCUUAAAGGUCUCACAGGUCAGCUUCGCGGGGAAACAAAGUUAAAUUUCACAACGUAGUUUCGUAAUACAUCGAGCAUUUAAUGCCGAAACGGGAACUCAUCACUAUAUACUCUAAUGGUGUGUUAUAUUCAUCUGUUUACUCGGAUGGCCUUUUAUAUGUAGGGGAAGGCCAUGCAUGAUUAUCAAAUAAUACUGAUGUCGUUAUUACAUUAGGAUCAUCAAAAGGCGGGGAUACGAUUGUUAGAUGAAUGACAAGUCGGGUUCGUUCAGUGUUUGCUGCUGCCCAAAUCGGAGUUUAUUAACGUCAUGCUCGUCAAGAGGAUAUGUCGCCCAUAAGAGCUUGCUCAUUAUAAUGGGAUCUGCAUUAUGAUUGUUAAAUCUGCAGGAUAUGCAUGACGGGUAUCUGGUUGCAUUAACAUCUGUUGGAAUGCAUCAUCAGUUCGGGCAGGUGAGACGACACGCUUUGUUAUGUAACAUCUCCUCUCCGCUUGAUUGAACAUCUGACAACAUCAACCGAGUGAUCAAUACUCCAUACAUCAACGAACAUUGCGAAAGAAAAAAAUAUUAUAGAUACGCAUUGCAUCCGUCAAUCCAACACAGCCAGAUAGCAUAAAGUAUUUUAUUUUAUUUGUUCUGGUGUUCGUCCGGGUCUGAGGCCAUACAUCAUUCUUGAACCCCAUCUGAUGUCGUAUAUGCCUUAUGGAUUUAUGCAACUUCAAGAUGUUAUUUUAUGAACAUUAUAUCGCCUAUUUAAUAGGACAUGAAUGGAUGAUAUAACUUUUCAGCAUCGGUUAAUAAUAGGAAACUUUUGACUUGAAUAUCUGGGACAUUUACUGGAUUUAUUUCUUCUGGACUAAAGCAUCAUGGAGCCCUUGGAUAACCAGGCAAAUAAAGAGAAAAUAAGGCAUCUAUGUGCGGCAGUACAAGCUGGUCAGCUAUCGGAGAUUGAGGCAUUACUCCAAGAAGGGAUGUAUAUAAACGUGGACGAGGGAGGGAACAUGUUGGCCAAAUCCUUAUAUCGUAAUCUUCUGAUGUUAGCUAUUGAUUCAGUCCAAGUCGAGGCGGCUAAACUGCUAAUUGAGAAGGGCAUUGAUGUCAACCAUAAAACAUGGGGUGUAAAUGGCAAACAGGGAGCGAGAGACAUGGCACAGGAGUCUGGGCUUCUUGAGAUUGUUGAUAAGAUUGACUGCAGGUUACCUGUAUCAAAGCGAUUAUUUCAUGCGGUGGUAGAUGGUCAGCAAGAUAAAGUAAAUAAUCUUUUACGGCACAUCGACGCUGAUAUGAACAUGAAAGUGGAUUUACACGGUGACAAAGCAGCUGGAUGUAGCGCGUAUACUCUUCUCAUGAUCGCACUGAAGAACGGCCAUGUUGAGAUCGCCAGCGAGCUCAUUGAUCACGGCAUCGAUCUAGACUUCGAACAUCAGGAAUGGGAUCGCCCAGAUGAUUCCAGCGAUGAAAUCAUGGUUGAGUCUUAUGACGCAAGAAAACUUGCCAUGGAUACGGGUAUGGUAGGCGUGGCUAAAGCUAUUGAUAAACGAAAAGGAGCAGUAGCCAAUGGUCAUGAACCAGUGUCACCGUCAAAUGGAAUCAAUCAUAAGGAGCAAUCUGAUGUGGAGGAGAAUUCUAACCAUGCUAACACUAAUACAACUCAAUCACAGAUGCCUACUAACACCCAGCAAACUGCACCAACUCAAGUUAGAGCCUCCGGCUGCAGUUGUCUAAUUUCUUGAUGACAUGGAUGAUGGCAUCAUUCCGCGAGGAAAAAGAUGAUCGUCAACUCUUUUAAGAAGUCAGAAGAGGGGCAUCAAAAUCAUCAUAUGAACAUUUUUUUUCAUUCAUGUUAAUUUUUCCAAGAACUUGGAACCAAUGUUCAAGUGUCAGUGUAUUCAAACCCGGUGACAUUCUCUGACGGAAUAAAAAAUAGAUAGUUACAAUUUCCAUCAAGGAAAAAAGUCACAAUGAUAGACGUUUGAUGAACGAUAUUGAAAAAAAAAAUCAUUGGUUUAUACCUUCCACAGAAGUGAUACAACUCUGUUAAUCACACAACUCUACAUACAUGUAGUUCGAGACAAUGUUGUUUGCUCUUGUUUUGUUUUUUCACUUUUCAACCGCAGUUAUGAAACGGUUUUCAUAACUGAAAAUAUAUCCAAAUAAAGUAUGCGAUCUGUCAAUUUUUCUAUAUUUCCAUUCAUUCGUAAAUCCAUCGAUCUAUCAAUCAAUCGAGAAUAAAAUAAACCAGAUAGUUACCUUUUUAUUUUUCAAACGAUUAUUGCCCAUUGACCAUUUUGUAAUAGUCACUUAUAAAGAACGGAUGAAAAUAUUGUAUUAGCUAAUACAAUACGAAUGAAAUGUUAAUGAAAAUUAUUUUCUUGGAAAUUCAUGGAAAUGAUAUAGAGUGAAAGUUGGACAAGAACUUCAGCAACUUCCUCCAUCGCGAUAAAGUCACGUCAUGGUGGUGAUGAUAGUGCAAUAUGAGAUGCAAUCUCCAUUGACAAAAUUCUAUGAUCGGUUAAUCAUCUCAAUAGUAUUAUAUGUAAAUCAGUAUAUUAAUGAUUACAUUAGUAAUUUAUUCAUUAUGCAAACACUACUGAGGUUUGUGCGUGAUAUAUACUAGCAAUUGUUGAUCGUAUGAAAAUGAUUUGUCUAAAAUUGUGUACAAUAUUUGUGUCCUUUUUCACUCUUCCUUCCUUUUUUAACAAAACCUACUCUUCCCUUUACUUCUUCUCAUUCUCCUCUUUUUCUACUUCUCUCCUCCCUAUUUAAAAAUCUUUUCUUACCAUCCUCGUUCGUUUCCUCCUCCUUAAUUAUUCAACUAGUUCUGCCUCUCCCUUCUUUUAUUCAUCUAAUAACCACUCCCUCCCCUCCUCCUCCCCUUCGUGCUCUUCUUCUGCUCAGUUGAUUGUCCUUUGAAUUUUUGAUUGUGCAACCAUAUCGUGUUCAGGCAUAUGACUUUGUAUAAAUAAUGAUGUAUAUAACUGAUACUUGUACAGAAAUAUGAUCCUGUGUAUUUAUCAGAUCACCAAAGAUAAUAAAAGUAGAUUACACGAAA